CUAGAUUUUAGUAGGGCUUAUUAGCUUGUUCACCACACGGUGUAUGCUUAUUCUCAACAACAUGACUGGCGAUACAGACUCUUCUGGUCCUGGUACGGACGAUGAAACUGGAGUGACAGAUGUCAAAUUUGACGAGAAAGAAGUUGCUGCUUUGCUACAAAAGACGCGCGGAUCAAAAUCAAAUGGCGGGAUCACCGAGAUUGCGAACGAUAGCGACACGAGACGAAGUGAUUAGACUGGCAAAUCAAGCGCUGCAGAGAAAUCCAACUAAAUAUGAUUCCAAAACUG